GCUUCCUCCCCCUCUUCCCCCCCCCGCUCGGCUACCGGGCUUGGCGGGGGAAAAGCUGGGCUGUCGGCGGCAGCUCUGCGCAGUGAGCUGCUGCUCCUCCUCCUCUUCCUCCUGCAAUCUGGGGCUGAGGCUCGGAGUUUUUCUAGAACCUCCUGAAGAUCGUGGGCAGCAGAGCGAGCGGGAGUCUCGGGAUCAUGUCUGGAAAUCCGACCGUUGGCUCAGAGCAAAACAACAACAGCCAUGAAAACAAGGCCCCCAAUCUGCGGACGUCUGAGAAGAAGUGCUCAUGGGCAUCCUACAUGACCAACUCCCCAACUCUCAUCGUUAUGAUCGGCCUGCCCGCCCGGGGCAAGACCUAUGUGUCGAAGAAGCUUACCCGCUACCUCAACUGGAUUGGUGUGCCCACCAAAGUGUUCAACUUGGGGGUGUACCGGCGCCAAGCGGUCAAGUCUUACAAGUCCUACGACUUCUUCCGGCACGACAACAAGGAGGCCAUGAAGAUCCGAAAGCAGUGUGCCCUGGUGGCUCUGGAGGACGUGAAGGCGUAUUUCACUGACGAUGGUGGGCAGAUUGCGGUGUUCGAUGCCACCAACACCACCCGAGAGAGGAGAGACCUCAUCUUGAAUUUUGCCCAGGAGAAUGCUUUCAAGGUGUUCUUUGUGGAGUCUGUUUGCGACGAUCCCGAUGUCAUUGCUGCCAACAUCCUGGAAGUGAAGGUGUCCAGCCCCGACUACCCUGAGAGGAACCGGGAGAAUGUGAUGGAAGAUUUCCUGAAGAGGAUUGAGUGCUACAAGGUCACUUACCAGCCCCUUGACCCCGACAACUAUGACAAGGACCUGUCCUUCAUCAAGGUAAUGAACGUGGGGCAGCGGUUCUUGGUCAACCGGGUGCAGGACUACAUCCAGAGCAAGAUCGUCUACUACCUCAUGAACAUCCACGUGCAGCCGCGCACCAUCUACCUGUGCCGCCACGGGGAGAGCCAGUUCAACCUCUCGGGCAAGAUCGGGGGCGACUCCGGCCUCUCUCCUCGGGGGAAGCAGUUUGCCCAGGCCCUGCGGAAGUUCCUAGAGGAGCAGGAGAUCACUGACCUGAAAGUGUGGACAAGCCAGCUGAAGAGAACCAUCCAGACCGCCGAGUCUCUGGGUGUCACCUAUGAACAGUGGAAGAUCCUGAACGAAAUCGAUGCCGGGGUGUGCGAGGAGAUGACCUAUGAGGACAUCGCAAAGCAGUACCCAGAGGAGUUCGCUCUGCGGGAUCAAGAGAAAUACCUCUAUCGUUAUCCCGGCGGGGAGUCAUACCAAGAUCUGGUGCAGAGGCUGGAGCCAGUCAUCAUGGAGCUGGAACGCCAGGGCAACGUGCUGGUCAUCUCCCACCAGGCCGUCAUGCGCUGCCUCCUGGCCUACUUUCUUGACAAGAGUGCAGAUGAACUGCCCUACCUGCAUUGCCCACUCCACACCAUCUUCAAACUGACCCCCGUAGCCUAUGGCUGCAAAGUGGAGGUGAUUAAGCUGAAUGUGGAGGCUGUGAACACUCAUCGUGACAAACCAACCGUGACGGCCAGGCUGGCCAUUUGAAGGAGCCACGUCCCCAUCUCUCCCCCACUCCCACCCUCCACCGGGUUGCUGAUGACAAGGAAGCAGAGGUCAGACCUUUUCGGGGGACAGGGACCCACCGUGGAGCUCAGAAUGUCGGCACCUUCACUCGGACGAACACCAGAGAAGAAGCCAGUUGGUCCCUGGAGGCCCAAAGCUGGUGUCUCAACCCGAAACCCCAUUUCUCCCCUUCUUUUUCUCCUCCUCCCCCCAUCAUAAAACGAGCUCUCACACAGACUGAGGCACUCCAAACCUCAGGGCCUGAGGCCCUGAUUCUCCACCCUAUCUUGUCUCAUCCUAAUCCACCCCCUGUCCCUCAGCAGCAUCUUCCCUGGGAAGAAUUUCUGUGACUUUGCUUUCCAUGUUCCAUUUUCUGACCCUCCUUGCCUCACAUUGGCAGCCUUUGCUGGCUCCUCCAUCUAAUACGCAAUUGCAUCUACAUCGUAUCAUUCCUUUAGAAUGUACUGGUUUCCGGCUCGUCUCUCGAGGAAGAGAGGGAACCCCCAGCUGUGCACUUAAGAGGUGUAUGAUUGGAAUAUGGAUGCGCCCCUAUCUGAUCUACCUCCAUCUAGUUGAAGGUUUUGAUUUACCACAUGCUAAUGAGCCAUGUCCUCUGAUUGAUAUCUGCCAGUCAUAUGACCUGAUAAAAAAAAUGUCUGAAACAAA